UGUCUUCCCUCUGCAUUAAAUCUUCUUCACAUUUGCACCUUCUACCACACUUCUCAUAUGGGAGAGCCUUCUCAUUCUUCUGCAUCUUACAUUCACAUGGUCCAGCACCUCAUUGAAAAGUGUUUGAUCUUUCACAUGUCUAAGGAAGAAUGCAUGGAUGCUCUCUCCAAGCAUGCAAACAUCAAGCCUGUCAUAACAUCCACUGUGUGGAAUGAGCUAGAGAAAGAAAACAAGGAAUUUUUUGAGGAGUAUGCCAAAGCUAAGAGCAAAGAGGACCGAAUGUCGGAGGAAGAGACAAACCAAAUGAUACAGAAGAUGAUAUCAGAUUCCACUAAAGGUGCUGCCAAUGACUAAGCUGUAGCCAUUGAAAAUGAUCUCACCUUUCUCUCUGUUCUCCUUAGCUUCACCACCAUGCAUGCAUAAGUGGUCCCUUCAACUUUCGAAUGCACUUGCUAAAUAAACAUAUGCUGUAUGUAAUCAAAAAUGGGGUUCUCACAUACGGAAUAAGCACGGAUCUAUAGUGCAGUGUGGUCCUUCCUCUCCCUACUAUCUUUUGUGGACAACGAUAGUUUCAUAUUCACUUGCUUUUGACCAUCAUUUUAAUAAUAUAUUUCUACUAAUCAA